AGUUUAAAAGAAUACAUUAAACAUGUUGCUUUUUUAUUAAAUUGAAAGUUAUUUUAAGCAUCAUAAUAAUACAAUAUUUAUUGUAUUACUUUUUAUGAUAUACUCAUGAUCUGAAUACAUUUUUCAAAUGUAAGACAGUUCAAAAACAUUUUAAUGAAAGUAAUAGAAUAAAAUCAAUUACCCACAGGGCGGAUGAGCAAUAAUUUCAAAAGUUAUUAAUUUUGUUGACAGUUGUUUGCUUUUAAUUAACUUACUGAUAAGCGUAAUUGGCAACAAAUAACUUUCAUAAUUUAAUGCAAAUUUAUGCAUAAACUGUUAAUGCAGCCUUCGUGUCUAAUUUGUCGUAAUUACAUUUAGGCGCAGCCAGGCGGAAAGUAACUUUUAGCUCAACGGAACGGAAUAUGGAAUGUUUUCCUAUUGCAAAAGCUUCGCAAAUGCGUCAUUCGUAUUUCACUCUGGCUGCUCAUAAUAAGGAAAUUCUUAUUGAACAAGUGCAACGAACACAGCAUUCCACAUGACUAAAAUCAAAUAGUUGGUCAUAAAACAAAGUUUGUAGAGAAUUUAAAUUUAUUCCCCUGCCGGCGGGUAUUCAAUUACUAUUCAAUUAAAAUGCCUGGAGAUUGGAAUUACUGGGUACAAAAAGGGUUCAAAGACGCUUGAGUGUCUUCCGAAAACCCUAGCUAAUCUUGAAUUCGACACGCCUCCACCUGAUGAGUAAACAAACCCCCCGGAAGCCAAUCUUCGAAGUGAUGCUCCUGAGCCACCUGGCAAUACUCACGGCGUGGUUGUCGCUGCUGGAGGGUCGCACCGCGGUGGCUCGACUGCCUCGGUGGUUGGUGCCCCUUCGAUAUCGCGUGGACAUCCUGACGCGGAUCAACCAGCCGUACCAACCCUUCGGUGGAGUCGUGGCCAUCGAUUUCCGAUCGGAGAAAGCCACCAAGGUCCUGGCGCUCAAUGCUCGCGGACUGGAGAUCGGAAUGGGGAAAUCGGUGACCGUGGGUCCGAAGGGGGAAGAGGCGGCGAAAGUCAACCGACUGGAGAUGAACGACAAGCUAAGCAGGGUGACCGUUCACCUGAAGAGCGCCCUCAAGGUGAACGUUACGUACGUGCUGAAGAUGACCUUUACCAGUGUCCUGCGGCACGACAACACCGGUUUCUACAGCAACACCUACAUGGAUGACAACACCACUUUGGCCCAGUGGUUUGCCGCCACUCAGUUCGAGCCGCACUAUGCCAGGGAUGCCUUUCCCUGCUUCGACGAUCCCAUAUUCCGCACUCCAUUCGCCAUCAACCUGGCCCAUCCGAACCAGUACCGCGCCCUGUCCAACAUGCCCGUCAAACGCACCAUCCGCCAUGCCCGGCUGAGCGACUUCGUGUGGACGCAGUUCCAGGAGAGCCCCCCGAUGCAGACCUACCUGGUGGCCUUCGCGAUCGUCAAGUUCGAGAAGGCGGGCUUCGUCUCGAGGGAGCGGCCGAACUGCACGAUCAGCACGUGGGCCCGACCGGAUGCACUGCGUCAGACGGAGUUCGCCAACCUGGUGGUGGCGCCUCUGCUGGCCUUCUACGAGAAGCUCUUCGACAUCGCCUUCCGGCAGCCCAAGAUCGACCAGCUGGCGCUGCCGAACUUCGCCUUCAGCGCGAGAGAGUGCCAGGGGAUGCCAACCUUCGGCGAGGAGGCCAUCAUGUACGACAGCGAGCGGAGCUCCAUGGGGGACCAGCAGGGCGUGGCGCGGUCGGUGGCCAAGACGGUGGUGCACCAGUGGUUCGGCAACCUCGUCUCGAUCGUUUGGUGGGACGAGCUCUGGCUGAAGAACGCCUUCGCAUUGUACCUCUCCCGCUUCGGAGUGGAGGCACUGCGUCCGGAGUGGGACUACCAGGAGCGCCAUGCUCUGCGGCUCUACCUCACCGUUCUCGAGCACGAUGCGCAUGUGAACACCGAUCUGGUGGCCUCGCCGGUGGCCGACGAGUCGCAGAUUUGGGCGGCGUACAGCGAGAAUGCGGAGAGCAAGGCCACCGUUCUCUUCGAGAUGCUGCACCGCAUCCUGGGCGAGGAGGCGUGGCUGAAGGGGCUGCGCCGCUUCCUGGUGCUCCACGCCAACAGCAGCGCCACCUCGGCGGACUUCUGGGAGGUCCUCCAGCUGCACGUGGAUCGGGAUGGCCGCCUGGGCAAGGGACUCAACAUCUCGCGUACCAUGGAGUCCUGGCUCCAUCAGCCGGGCUAUCCCCUGCUCACCGUCACCCGGGACUAUCACUUCCGCUCGGCGCUCGUCGACCAGCGGCGGUUCUUCAUCAGUCCGCUGGCGCGCCAGCGGUCGGAAUCGAAUCCCUGCUGGUGGGUGCCACUCAGCUUCACCUGCCCCGAAUGUCCGGACGUGCCACCCAGCCGCUGGCUCACCUGCUCAUUCCUUCAGGGACGGCGACCCAAGACCGUGGUGCUGGAGAAGCUGCCGGCGGGCGUGAACGACUGGCUGCUGUUCAAUGUGCGGCAUUCGGCGCCCUUUCGCGUGAACUAUGACCUCCGCAACUGGCAGCUGCUCAACGCCACGCUCUCCGAUCCGAAGAAGUUCAAAACGAUCCACCGGGUGAACCGUGCCCAGCUGGUGGAUGAUGUCUUCAACCUCGCCUGGAGCGGCAUCAUGGAUUACCCGAUGGCCUUGGGCAUCCUGAGCUAUCUGAGUCACGAGGACGAGUUCGUCGUCUGGGAGGCCACUCAGCCGAACUUCGAGCGGAUCAACAAUGUGGCUAAAAGAAAUCACAACUACCGCGUCUACAAGACGUACAUGCGCAUGCUGGUGGAGCGCCAGUUCACGCAGCUGCUCUCCUCGGGGAACAUGACCCACCGGCGGGUGAUCCUGCGACUGGCCUGCGAGUACGAGCUGCCCGCCUGCGUGAGUCUGGCUCGCAGGGAGUUCGCCAAGGGAUCGGCGAUGAAGGCCAGCUGGAUGACCGUCCGGGAGCGGGAGACCGUCUUCUGCACGGCGGUCAAGUUCGGCACCGAGGACGACCGCGACGAGCUGGAGAAGAUGUACCAACGCUCGAACUCCGCCGCCGAGCAGGAGUGGCUCCUCACCGCUCUGGCCUGCUCCCGGAACCCCUUCGGGCUGGAGCGGGUCCUCCGGUGGACCUUCGAGGACGACGGCAUCCGCAAGCACAACGCCAAGCGGACCUUCAAGGCGCUGGUCUACAACCCCGUCGGCUACAGUCUGGCCAAGCAGUACGUCUCGGAAAACAUGCAGCACAUCCGCGACUAUAUGUGGUUCUGUAGGUGUUUCUCCCCUCAACUCAAGUCAAGUUCCCCAAUUCGAAGCUCACAUUUCCCCACCCAAAGCUGCAGCAACUCGACCAGCCAGGUGGUGAGGCUAUUGAGGCCACUGCUCGAGGGUCUGUCCACCCAGAAGGAGCUGGAGUUCUUUCGCACUUUCUUCAAGGAGUUCCUGGGGGACAUGACUGGCAUUGACCGACUGAUCAAGGUUCUCCUCGAACGGGGCAACGAUAACGUCCACUGGCAGCGCACCAAGUACCGCCCGAUGCUAAACGCCAUUCAAGACAUUAUCUUCUGGCGAAAAGAGCAAGACCUAAAAACCCAAUAAGGACUGGCCUUGAGUUAGUUAUUAUGAAGUGAUCACUUUUCAAUGGCCAGUGCUUGUGACUAUUUUAGAAUUUUGUUAAGAGAAUUGUGUAAAAAUGUUUAUAUUUAUGUUUAAAUAAAGAAAAUACUAUUUAAGAAGA